AUGAGCGAACAAGGCGCACCAACACAAGACGGCUCCUUGAACGCAUCCACACCUCACAAGACACUCCCACCUCUCCGAAGAAAUGAUAGUUUUGCGUAUCAUGAGCUUGCUAAUCCACAAAUUCUUCCUUCUACUCCGAUCACUCUCCAUCAAGAGGAAGAUGGAAUUGCAUCACUGUCUUGCUCCGAUAAUGUACAACAUAAUAUUCAGAGAAGAAAAAAUAACCAAUCUCCUUCGAAACAUUAUGUGAUUGUGAUGGUUGGAUUGCCUGCAAGAGGUAAAUCCUAUAUCGCAAGACAAUUAGCCAAAUAUUUGAAUUGGUUGAAUAUUGACUGCAAGGUGUUCAAUGCCGGAGAGAAGAGAAGAGAAUUAUUGGGAUCGGGUCAAUCAUCUUCUUUCUGGGAUACUGCCAACAAAGAGGGCCAAGAGCAAAGAAAGAGGAUUGGUAUGAUUACACUACAUGAGCUUGCGGACUGGCUCGAACAAGAAGAACCAGAACAAUCAAAAGCUCAAAUAUAUGGCAGUGGUAAUUAUGCUGAGGAGUAUAUUAAACGAGAACUUAAGUGUGGAAUUUUCGAUGCCACCAACACGACCAUUGAGAGAAGAGAAAUGAUCAUUAAAUACUUGACAGAUCCUACACAACGCAAAUACCCUCUCGAGUUGAGUCAUAUCAUAUUUGUGGAAUCCAUUUGUGAUUUACAAGAAAUAAUUGAGGGCAAUAUUCGAGACAUAAAAACAAAAUCUGCUGACUACAAGGGAGUACCUUCAGAAGAAGCCAUUAAAGAUUUCAUUCAAAGAAUGAAGGCCUAUGAGAAAGUUUACGAAACUAUCUGUGACGAAAAAGAAGGCAAAUUGAGCUACAUUAAGAUGAUCAAUGUUGGAAACAAGUUUAUUUUGAACAGAAUUGGAGGCUACGUCCCCGGUAAGGUAAAUCAAUGCCUCAUGAACAUUCACUUAACUCCACGAGUUAUUUGGCUCUCUCGUCAUGGUGAGAGUAUGGAUAAUAUUAAAGGAUUACUCGGAGGAGACUCGAACCUGAGCGACAGAGGUUUAUGCUAUUCAAAAGUAUUGUACGAAUUUGUCAAGAAAAAGCAAGAGGAAAGAAAAACUCAAGAAAUUUCGAUUGACAAGCCUCCUCUUGACAAUAUGAUGGUUUGGACCUCCUUAUUGAAGAGAACACAACAAACAUCUCAACAUUUCAAAAAAGACGACGAUUUCAGAGUUGUUCGUUGGAGAUGCCUCAAUGAGCUUGAUGCUGGAGUCUGUGAAGGCUAUACCUAUGAACGGAUUAAAGAAGAAAUGCCUCAUGAAUAUUUGGCAAGAGAAGCAGACAAAUUUAGAUAUAGACCUCAAAACGGGGAGAGCUAUCUCGACAUGAUUUAUAGAAUUGAACCAGCAAUUACAGAGUUAGAAAGACAACGGUGCCCUCUCUUAAUUAUUGGCCAUCAAGCGGUUAAUCGAAUUCUUUAUUCGUACUUGACUGGAAAUAGACCAGAAACAUGUACUAGAAUUCCAAUUCCUCUCCACACUGUUAUUGAAAUUAUUCCCAAUGCUUAUGGAUAUGAAGAGCAUCGGUAUGAUCUAAAUGAUGAAGUUCAACGAGAAUAUGAAUUGUUUUUACAAAAAACAGGUCAAAAUAAUUUGUAA